AUGAAAGCCAUACUAAGAUCGUCAACAAGAAACCUAAUUACAAGCUCGAGAGUUUUUAAGAAUUUAAGAACAAGUGAAGAAAUCCGAAGUUUUUUAGCAGAGUCCACUUGGUCAAUAAGUGAAUUGUUACAACCGCCUACUGGAUCAUCUCAAACAGAGGUAUCGCCAGAGAUUGUGAAAAAGAUGUUAAAGCUAUCUGGGUUGAACGAUUUGAAGCACGACAAAAGUGUAACGAAAGCUUUAAACUUACAGAUGAUGUUAAUAAACCAUUUGUAUGACAAUGAGCAGGAUACUGUUACUCCUUCUCGCGAAAGAAAUGAUAACAACGGCAUAUUUCGAUUACUAGCCAGUGAUCAUUUACCACAACAACCUUGGGAUCUAGAUGAUUUAUUGAAACAGAUUAAUGAGUUAAAACCAGAUCCAAGUAAAGGAGAGGUGGACUUUACUAUUAGUGAUUUACAACGUGAUUCGUUUGUAAUAAAAAAAGAGAAGAAUGUCAAAUAG